CAGAAAGAGCUAGGCUAGAGGAGCUACUCAACAAGGCAAACAGCAGCGCGCUGCGAAAACGACUUUUCCCCAUCCGCAUCCAGCACCGACCGGCGGCCAACGGACGAUUUAAAACCGGUCAGAUUCCUCACAUAAAUGUUCCAAUGGAUUACUAAUACACUUUCGUCGAAAAGCAGAAGUGUUUCUCAACUUGACAGCAUAGCCUCUGAUUCGUUGCACUGGUCACCCAGAGGACUCAUAGAGAGAUGAAGACUCUGGAGGAGCCCCCCUACUUGACAGUAGGGACGGAUGUGAGUGCCAAGUACAGAGGGGCUUUCUGUGAGGCCAAGAUUAAGACUGCCAAGAGGCUAGUCAAGGCCAAGGUGACCUUUAAACCAGAUCUGUCCACUGCUGAGGUUCAUGAUGAAAACAUCAAAGGACCUCUAAAGGUGGGUGCUGUUGUGGAGGUGAAGAAUCAGGAUGGCGUCUACCAGGAGGCCACAAUCAAUAAGUUGACUGAUGCUAGUAUAUAUACUGUUGUGUUUGACGAUGGCGACGAGAAGACCCUGAGGCGUUCCUCUCUCUGCCUGAAAGGAGCGCGUCACUUUGCAGAGAGCGAGACACUCGACAGACUCCCUCUCACCAACCCCGAACACUUCGGCACACCUGUCAUCGGCAAGAAGGGCAACCGCGGCCGACGAUCAAAUCCAAUUCAAGAAGAAGAGUUGUCUUCAUCCUCCAGUGAAGAAGAGGAGAGCGAUCAGCGGCAGAAUGAGGAUCUGUUUGGCAAAGUGGUGUGUGUGGAGGGUGUCACCACCGGGGACAAAAAGAAGACCACGUGGUAUCCUGCUCUGGUUAUCUCUCCAGACUGCCAUGAAGACGUGACUAUGAAGAAGGACAACAUCUUCGUCCGAUCUUUCAAGGAUGGAAAAUUUUACACGGUGCUGCGGAAGGACGUCCGCGAGAUGAACAGCGAUUGUCCUCCAAAAGCCGAUGCAGGUCUCAAACCAGCACUGGACGCGGCCUUGGAGUUCCAGCAGCAGUACGUUGUGCCCAGCACCUGGAAGACAGAGGUGAAAGAAGAAAGCUCUAGCAGCGAGGACGACGAUGAGGAUGAAGAGGAAGAGCAGGAAGAAGAUGCCAGCGGCGAGGAGGAGGAGGAGGAAGUGGAGCCGUUCCCAGAGGAGCGGGAGAAUUUUCUGCAGCAGCUGUACAAGUUCAUGGAGGACAGAGGAACUCCCAUCAACAAACGACCUGUUCUGGGCUACAGGAACCUGAACUUGUUCAAGCUCUACAGGCUGGUGCACAAACUGGGAGGCUUUGACAACAUUGAAAGCGGCUCCAUUUGGAAACAAGUCUAUCAGGAUCUGGGAAUCCCAGUGCUCAACUCAGCCGCUGGCUACAACGUCAAAUGUGCUUACCGCAAGUACUUGUAUGGAUUUGAGGAAUACUGCACCUCCACCGCCAUCACCUUUAGAAUGGACCUCCCUUUGAAGCAGGCUCCCAAGGGGGAGGUGAAGUCUGAGGGGGAGGCUGGAGGAACAACUGCCACAUCCUCCACCUCUGAAGAGCAGAAAGUCCAAAUGGAUGCAGAACCUUGUAAUGUGCAGCCUGUAGCCUGCAAGGACGAGAAACCUGAUUUGACCAGAAACAAAAUGGAGCCCGAACCAUCAAAAACUGAGGGAAAAGACAGCGGAAAUGACGACGACGAUGAAGACGAUGGACCCCUCAAGGGAGACGCAGAUGAGGGCUCGUCAACGGCUCGCCUCGGCUCGGAGGACGUGAAGCAGGAGUGCGACGAGGAGCAGGAGAGCAAGGACAACUCUGGGGAUGACAGCAGUCAGGAGGGGGAGGAAGGGGAGGAGUUUGAGUGUUACCCCCCGGGGAUGAAGGUGCAGGUGAGGUAUGGGCGAGGCCGCAAUCUGAAGACGUACGAGGCCACUGUGAAAGAGGCAGACGUGGAGGGGGGAGAGGUGCUCUACCUGGUGCACUACUGUGGCUGGAACGUCAGAUAUGAUGAAUGGAUCAAAGCAGACAAGAUUGUGCGCCCCGCCAAUAAGAACGUACCAAAAAUAAAGCACCGCAAAAAAAUAAAGAACAAAGCGGAGAGGGAGCGAGACAGAUUGGAGAGGCUCAAUGACAGAGAAGUCCUCGGCCCUUCAUCCAACACUAACCGAGUCCCACGCUCCAAGUGUGGCCUGGAUGUCUUUCCCAAGAUGGACGAGGGUGAGGACAAAGGGACUCAGCAGUCUCCAGUCAAGUCUAUAGAAAUUACUUCUAUCCUCAAUGGCCUGCAAGCCUCUGAGAUGUCCACAGACGAAAGUGAGCAUGAGGAUGAGGAGGGAGAGCAUAAUGAAGAGGAUCGACCAGGUUGCAGAGGCAGCCCCAGAAAGGCCCCACCAGAGCCCCCGCAAACAUCCGAGCGCUGGGAGAGCGGGACCUCUCCUGAAGGAUCCAAACCUUCUCCCGUCUCAGGAAAAACCCAGGAUUUAGUCAGCGCAGAGAGUGCCGAUGUCGGGAAGCGCAGAAGCCAACCAGAGUUAGAGGGAGAAGCGAGCACCCGGAAGAGGAAAUCUGAGGGCGCAGCAGAGAGGACCCCGAAAGGCCAAUCCAAAGCGAAGACCAGAAACACCAGGAGUGCGGACUGGUUGCCUGGAGGCUCUCCCAGAAAGCUGGAGGAGAGAGCGGCUGGUCCUGGGGAGGAGAGGGGGGCCUCGUCUAGCAGCAGUUCAGAUGACGAAGGUGCAGCACUGCCCGAGACCCAGGCGGAGGAAAGUGAGCGAAGCCGGCCAAAAACCAAAGGUUCCCCUUCCAAGAAGUACAACGGGAUGAAGGAGAAGACCAAAGGUGGCAGACAAGCUGGGUUCUGGGAGAUUCCUGAAAAGAGAGCCAAAAUGUCCGGGAAUGCAGAGGAGAGGCCAGCUGUCCGCUCUAAAGGCCAAAAGGAUGUGUGGUCCAGCAUCCAGGCCCAGUGGCCGAAGAAGACUCUCAAAGAGCUGUUCUCUGACUCGGACACAGAGGCCGCCAAUUCUCCUCCUCCACCUGUACCUUCAUGUCUGGAGGAGCCGAGUGCCGAACAGGAUGCUGGGCCCGAGGACGAAGCCUCAGAGGAGCAGAUGGAGAACGACAAACUACAGGAGUUUCCAAGCAGCGGCAGUAACUCUGUACUCAACACACCACCAACAACGCCUGAGUCCCCCUCAGGAGGAGGCAGUGCUGUGGAGGACUCUGGUCAGGCGCAGCCUUCCUCCCCGCCACCGUCCAUACCCCCUGCCUUGCCUUCAGAGCCGGUUUCUGACACUCUUCCCCCAGGACCCAUACAGGAGGAAGUGGCAGGCGGGCGCAGUGAGACGGACAGCAGCACGGUGGAAGUAGAGAGUCUGGGUGGGGAGCUGCAAGACCUCCCUCAGGAUGAGGGGGCAGGUUCCCCCUCAAAGGUGUUUGACGUCAGCCUCUCCUGCAACAGCAGCAGCAGCUGCAGCCUAGAGCUGAGCAGCAGCAGCCAACAGGAGAGUGAGCAGAAGUCCAAAGCGUCUGCAAGUCAGAAGCGGCAGAAAGAAUCACAGUCAGGUGGAGCCUCAAAGAAACACAAGCCAAACCGCAAGAGCCUAGGUGUGCCUCCCAAAAAGAAUAGGAAAACAGCCAACAGCAGUGACAGUGAGGACCAGUCUGUUGUUGAUGGCACUGCCAAAUCAACUGCCUCUAAGAACAGCGCAUCAGACGUGAAGGCUGCCACUUUGCCCAAGUGUCACGGGAGAUCUCCCCCUUCGAGCCAUAAGUACCACAAACAGGGUGACGCCGACCACACCCAGCACCGAGACAACCACGGAAGAUCGCCACGUGUGUACAAGUGGAGCUUCCAGAUGUCUGACCUGGAAAAGAUGAACAGUCUGGAGAGGAUUUCGUUUCUUCAGGAGAAGCUUCAGGACAUCAGGAACCACUACCUCUCCCUCAAGUCUGAGGUGGCCUCUAUUGACAGACGACGAAAACGCAUGAAGAAGAAGGAACGUGAAAGCACCGUUGCUGCUUCCUCUUCAUCCUCCUCCUCCUCCUCCUCACCGUCCUCAAGCUCACUGACUGCGGCAGUCAUGCUGACACUGGCCGACCCGCCGGUGUCAUCCUCAUCCUCCUCUUCUCAGAACUCUGGGGUAUCAGUGGAGUGCAGGUGACAGGACGAACCAGCGACAAAGCCACCGCACUAAGCACUUAACCAGCACCCUGGGGUCACCGCCCCCCAUUCCCUUCCAAUAGGACGGACGAGUCAACCUACAUACUGUAACUACUGGGGCACAAAAACCAGACCAGAGACAAAAAAGAAACAAGCACUAUUUUCUAUUGACAACUGUUUCCUUGGCAAGCUAACGGCACUUAAGUGCACUUUUAUGAAGAUUGCGUAGGGGGGGGGGAUGAAAUUUGUCAAAACAAAAUAUAUAAAAUUGUCUUUUGCGCACUCCUUAAUUGAACAUUUUUAAGAGUUGUUUUUGCAAGCAAUAAUUGUUUCCAUUUGAUAAAGUCGUACUGGUAAGAGAUGAUUUCCUUUGAAGACCCCCCCCCUUGUGCUCUGUCCUCAUAGCUCAACAUGGUACAGCCUGUGCUCGCCAUGCUUAUUGUGGGGAAUUCAGAGGAACACUGCCACAUUGGCAUUAAAGGGCGUAGGAAAUGUAACUUUGCCACGUUUCUCUGUCCACCCUCAUUAAAAAAAAGGCCUUCAUGUGGUUAAACCUCAAGUGGUUGACGAUUGCUCUCGUCAGUACAGACAUGUGGUCCUGUACAUGUUUGUAUUGAGUCAUAUAGGUGUUGAUGGAUAGGGUUUCAGACCAUGGUAGGUCCGCUGACAACCUCAGUGGAUGAAUAUGGAAUGAUACUGUAGUGCCUUUUUUGUUCUUUUCCUUGGGGCACUUUUGAGGAAGGACAGCACUUUUUUUCCUGAUCCUCUCAAAUCAGAGGGUCAGCUGGAAUAAUGUGUCCCUUACAAAAGACUGAAGAAUGCUGUAUGAGUGAGCAAGGCGGUGAAGGGCUGACAGAUAAUAAUGGUUUUUAUCAGUGUGUGGUAAUAUUUAAGAAGUAUAAUUGUAAAAGCAGAACUCUUAUACUGGAUCACCUGUAAUCUACUACUGAAUACUCAUCCAGCUUGGGUAUAACUGUUGAGUGUGGCGGUAUAUAAAAAUGUGCAAUGAUGGAGGAGUUGAAUCCAGUGGUCGCAUUACUUCAGUUCAUCAGCCUUUUAAAAGCCCAUCUGCUUUAUUUUAUUAUGUUUUCAUCACCCAUUUACUGCCCCCAGACCCAAAUCUUCACUGAAGAUUUGAUGACGCACAUCUGCGCAACUGGAUCAAGUUAACUUGAAGGCAGCCAUAUAUACUGUCUGUAUUUGCAGCAUGUACUCAGUACUACAGAACACAUAAAUUAAGCUGAAUCCCACAUUUGCAGUGUUUCAAAACAACAUGAAGUUAUUUAAUUAAAUAUAUUUUUUGCUUCAUUACAUAAAGCAACGCAUAUUUUUUUUUUUUGGCAUUUCUUUCUAUUUUUUUUUUUUACUCAUGAUCAAUAAUGACAUGCCAGCUUCCUCUCAUACUCAUCCCUACCAAAAAAUGUUUGGUUCUGUUUCCUGUACUAUGACCAGAUUAAAGGUAAAGAUAUUGUAAAUGUGCAUUUAUAUCAUAAAGUGACGUAUGUGUAUACAUUUCUGAAGACAUCUCCAGUGUUUCCUUUGUACAGACCCCCUUACUGUAUGAUAACCUGAAGUUACAUUUUGUUUGGCACUUGUAUGUAAUUGUAUGCUUUUGUUAUACAUUUGUAUAUUGAGAAGUGUUUUGAGUCAAGCUAUUUAAUAUCUUGCACUGUUAAUAACAUGUACUUUUCUGUACAGACAGUUUUACGGUUUUAACUGUAGUUCGAGUGUAAAUACUGAGGGUUACAGCAUGUUUGUUCUGCCCCUUUCGUCCUCAUUCUUGUGUAGGAACAGAUUUAUUUUGAGUUCAUUUAUGUUGUUUUGUUCGGCCUCUUUCAUCAGUUUCUAUAGUUCUUUUUAUUUUUCCUUUCUUCCAUUUUUUUUUUUUUUUUGUUGUUGUUUUUUUUAAAUUUUUAUUUCAUUUUUUGCUUUAAUUUGUAUUCUGUUUUGUUUUUCUAUAGCUUGUGCUUGUAAGAGAAGAAUGGUGGUUUUGGGUGCGGCUGAACUAUUUUCCGACCUGUACAUGGCCUGAAGCUGAAGCUGUAUGAACCUGUAUAUGGACAAAUGGAUCAUAGAUUAAGAGAAAGUAAUGGAGCUUAUUGAAAAAAAUGCUAAAUAGUAUUUAUUAGGCUCAUCUGAUGAUGGUCAUUGUGUAAUUUAUUGUAAAAAUGUAAGCAAAGCAGAAGCCUCUGUUUGAAAUAAAUGCCAUAGUUUGUGAAGUA